CCGGUAGUGAACUCCAAGUUUGAAAGAGCUCUCUCUCUCUCUCUCUCUAUUUAAACAACGGAGGCAGUAUGAAAUAGGUAGUUAUAGGAGAAGCAAAAACCGAGAUGGAAUCAUCUGUCCUCUAUUUCAUUCUUGUCCUUGUUUGCCUCUGCACCUCCAUUUUGACUUGCCUGGCAGACAGUARUAGUCCCCUUCAAGAUGUUUGUCCAUCAGCCUCAUUGAGACAGCAGCAGACCAUCUUCAUGAAUGGCUUGCCCUGCAAGAAUCCCAUCACCAUUAUGGCUUCAGAUUUCAAGAACUCAAAUCUGAACCAUCCGGGAGACACUGACAACUUCCUCCGCUCGUCUAUGAACAUCAUCACGGCUGCCGAUUUCCCUGGGCUGAAUACUCUUGGCCUCUCGAUUGCCAGAACCGACCUGGACGUUGAUGGCAUGGUAUUGCCUCAUUAUCACCCAAGGGCCUCGGAGAUGUUGUUUGUUAUGGARGGAGUUGUUGUUGCCGGAUUCAUCGACACUGGAAACCAGUUAUUCCAGAAGAUGCUUUCGAAAGGAGAUGUAUUUGUGAUCCCACGUGGCUUGCUUCACUUUAGCCUGAAUGCGGGAUAUGAGAUUGCUGCCAUUGUCUCCGUGCUCAACAGCCAAAACCCAGGUGUGGUGAGCAUUACCGAAGCCAUGUUUGGAUUCUCUGAUUUGGAUGGUCUUCAGAAGAGAUUUCUCAGUUUUUCUAGUGGAGAGGUUGAUCUUUUGAUCGGAGGAAAUAUGACGAGGGGUUUGAAGCUACCCCAUCACCAUGUUGAUAAUGAUAAUUAGCUCGGAUGCAUGUGUAGAGUAGAAGAUAAUGUAUUUGAGGAAGUUUAACGUUUA